AUGAAUUGCCAAAAGGAUGACACACUGAACGGCAGCGGUGGUGGUGCGAAAUCCAACCCCUUUCUGAGCAGCUACGAAAGCCUCAACAUUUCGAAGAACAGCUCCGCUGAGGAAAUUGCGGAAAAAUACUUGAGGAGUAAGUUGAGCUUGGACUUUAAAAACGUUGGCCAGGCAAGUUACAGCGCCGGUGGAGGUGCUCACAGGGGGGGUUAUGAAGGAAGGGAUGCAGGGGGGAGGUCCAACCUUGGCAGAACGGGGAAUAGCCAGGCGGACCAUUUCAACGGGGCGAGUGGCCAGACAAGCUACCUCAGCAGAGCGAACGACUACACGCGGGCCGAACGGAAGGCGAACCCCAACUACGAGAGCCACAUCAACAGCGCGUCGAUCUUUUCCGAGGCAGGGAACGCGCACGGGGGCGGCCACCUCCACUUUAACUACUGCAGCGGGCAAAGUGAUCAGAACCGUCCGCAAAACGAUCAAAACCGAGGGUACGCAAAUUCUGUGCUGCCCUCAAACAACAUGACCCACUUUGUUAGCUCCACGAAUUCGGCCAGUCCCACCGAAAUUACACACCUCGGCAAGUUUAAGGAGGAAAAGAAGGGCAGCUACUACGCGGAAGACGAUUUUUUGAAGUUCGGCCAGCAGAGUAACGCAAACGCGGUGCCGGACGGAGACCCCAACAGGGUCACCAAGAUGAGCAGCAUUGACGAGUUGCUCAGAAGGUACGGGAGCAGUGGAAGCGGAGGAAGCGGCGGAAAUGGCGGCAGAAACGGAAGCGGAAUCCACGUUGAGGUUGAGCGCAGCCUGGGAGGGGGCGCCAACCCCAUUUUCCAUCGCCCGAGCGGGAGGGAGCACUCCGAGGGAGCCAAGUUUAACACCCCCCUGGUGAGGGGAGAAGGAGCUACAGGGGAAAGGCGCCCGGGAAGGGAGAGCAACAGGAGCAACAGGAGCUUCAAUAGCUACAAUAGCUGCUACCCCCACCGGAUGAGCAGAUUCGCGCGAGACACCUCCCAGGGUAGUGGCAAAAAAACAAAUCUAAUGCAAAGGAACAAAGACUACGUGCAUUACCUGAGCAACCGAAAUAGCAUCCUCAAGAACGAAGGGGCGAUUAGGAAAGACUUGGGGAAGAAGAAAGGAGUCUCCACCAAGUUUGACGGUACGUAUUUGAAGCGGAAGACAAAUUUGGAGGGGGUCAGACGGCAGGGGUCCCUCUUCAGCUCCGUUCUCAGGGGCUACCAGAGCAGAUGCAACAACGAGAGGGAGCUCAUCAGCAACAUUAAUAUUUUUAAAAACAGCCAUGUGGAGGCGUCUCAGAAUAGCAGCAGUUAUAGGAGGACCUUAGACAGGGGAGGUACUAACAUGAGGGGGAGGGGUGAACUGUGUGGGAACUUCUUUGCGGGGGAUGGGUCGAGACCCUCUGAGCAUAUGGGCAGUAGCGCCAUCAGCGUGAGCUUCCUCAAGUCGACCUGCUCCGACUCGAGCAAGCUUGUAGACUCUCCUGUGCACGGGGGGCACUUAAGUAGGGGAGUGAAUGCCCCCCAAAGUGGCCUACUAAACGGAAGUUCAGAUUUUGUCUCGCUGGGGAGGGGGACUCCAGCCGGUGAGUUGCCGGUGAGCGGCGUGCACACGUCAGCGUUGCACCCCAGCGAGGGCCCCUCAAAACGGUGCAACGAUUUAGGGGGCAAUUCACAGAUGUAUGGUGUGUCUUACGGUGUGCCAUACGGUGUGCCAUGCGGUGUGCCAUGCGGUGUGCCCUAUGGAGAGAGUAGUGCAAGUGGCCUGGCCAGACGCACUACCGUUAGAGGGAAGCCAAAUGGGGAGUUCCCCCCCCAGGGGGACGCCUACCCUGACAAGGCAAACGCGAGUGCAUAUGAGAAGAAGCUGCUCCCCCCCACGGGUGACUACUUGGAGAGAAGCGGGGAGAAGGCCCCCAUUAGGAACUGCCACCGGGGCAUCCGGAGUGGCAGCGGUGUGGGGCGCACCCGCGAGAGGAGCUCAAACAGGGGAGAGUUUCUCGGGUACAUUACCCCUAACUCGGUGAGGGCGGAUGGCGAGAAGGGGAUGAAGAAGGACUCGCUCCACCAUUUGUAUCCGUCCGAAAAGAAACUAAGCCACUUGUGCAUCAGCAAAGAGGAGGGCACCGAUCUGAUCGGCAGUAAGGUGAGUGUCUACAGUGGAGUGAAGGGAGAGGGAGCCGCUCGACAGUGCAGUGAAAGGCGAUCGAGUCAGAACAGAGCGACCCCCUGGGGAGUGCUACACGGAGAAGUGAGUACCGCUCAGGGAGACCCCUGUAUGAUGUUAAAGGAAAAAAAGAAACAGCUCAACCAGGGGGGCGGCGCGAUACAGACAUAUGAAGACUACUGCAAGUACGUCUCGGAGUCGAUCAAUGGGAUACCCAUCACGACCAAAAAUAUGGACGUGCUGCUGGCCUUGGCGUUGCAUUUUCUUUCUCAUGAGAUGAGUGGAAGCCCCAGGGGGAGCGACCUCCCGGACGAGGUGCUCAUGAAGCUGCUGAACAAGUUUUUGUUUUGCCUGAAUCUGAAGACCUGCUUGCUGAAGGACCACCUGGGGGGGAGGCCCGCGGACGCCAACCGGUACUACUACAUACAGAUUAGGAGGAAUGAGGGGGGGGAGAAAAGCAGCAAAGUGGGGGGGACGGAAUCGACGGAGGAGCAGUCAACGGGGGAGAAGGAGCCAACGGGGGAGAAGGAGCCAACGAGGGAGAAGGAGCCAACGAGGGAGAAGGAGCCAACGAGGGAGAAGGAGCCAACGGGGGAGAAGGAGCCAACGGGGGAGAAGGAGCCAACGGGGGAGAAGGAGCCAACGGGGGAGCCGCCGCACCCGAACAGCCGCGUAAACGUGUUCACCUUCUACUACAAGCGAAUCGUGCUGGAGGGGAAGGACCGGCCGGGGAUCACCGAGGAGGAUGCAGCAGGACUCCCGCCGAACCAAAGGCACUUGUGCGAGGAGGGGAAUCACAAUAAGAGGUGCUUCUACUUUGGUGAAAACAUGAAGAGGAUCACUCUGCUUGACGUUUUAAAAAUAGCUUGGUGCCUGUGUGUGCUGAAGAAGAAUCGGCAGUACGUAGAUUUGCUGCGGAUCCUUUAUAAGGAGGUGGAGGGCAUGCGGGUGGCCAGCGAGCUGGUCUUCUGCGUGAAUUACCUGUUCACCUACUGCAGCAUCGUCCACGUGGACGACUGCAAAUUAGAAUUGACCAAACAUGUGCAGAUGAGGUUAGAAGAGAGUACCCAUGAGAAUCUGUGCGCGUAUCUGCACUUGCUCCACAUCUGCAACGCAAAGGACAAGAGCUUCCUAACCCCCACACACAGAAAAAGCAUCGAUGAUAUUGUCUCCUACCUCUACGAUAGGGUAGAACACAUCAGCUUAUACGCCCUCACCAACGUCCUCUGCGCUCUAUCUAAUUUAGAGGUACGAAAUGGGGACUACCCUUAUUUCUUCCACAAGACAGUCAAUUACUUCAGAAGCAACAUUAAGAAGCUCACCAAGUGUGUGCUGCUGGUUAACGUGAUGCGGUCCCUUUGCUUGUUGGAGGUUUGUGCCACCGAUUUCUUUAGAGACCUUAGUGAGCACAUCAUAAACGUCUUGCACUUCCUGCCCCUGGGGGAGUUCAUCACCAUUUCCUGCUGCUUCAGCUGCCAGAAGAUGCUCCUGGUGAGGAACUACCUUAACGGGGUUAGGAAGGUUGGGGGUGGGAAAGCAGUAGAGGGGAAAGCAGCAGAGGGGAAGACAGGCGAGGGGAAGACCGCAGGGGGGAAAGCAGCAGAAGGGAUGUCGGGGCCGAGGUGUGGGCCCACCGUGUCGGGCGAGACCGAGAGGGAGUACAGGGCCUACGAGCCCGUCGCCGCCGAGUACUACGCGCGCGGGAGGCUCUUCCCCCACAGCUUCUACCGCCGGCCCCUCUGCCACGCGCUCGUCUUUAAGGUCCUCGCGGGGGGCUUCCUGCAGUGCGAGCAGCGCGAGCAGCGAGGUGAAGAAGCGGUUACCGGAGACGCGGUUACCGGUGAACUGCUCCCGCUGAGGGGCCAAGGGGCGCGGAGGAAGACCUGCAGGAGCCUCAGCGUGGAGAACAGCAAGGGCGGCUCCUCCCCCGGCGCGCGCGACGCCCGCUUCAACAGCUCCAGCCUUUGCAGAAGGGAAGCGGCUGGCUGCCUCGGCGGAGAGACCCUCAACGAAGGGCAGAAGCACAAGUACCCCAAGAAGCUCAGCGAGAAGAAGAAGAUAAAGGAGCACUACAGCAUGUACGAGCGAACUAAUAAAUAUGAAUUUGCCUUAAACUCAUGUGAGAGGAUCCUUCUGGAAAAUCUCAUCGAGGACUGCUGCAAUAACUUCGAGCAGCUCAAGUGUGCCCACCUGGUCGAGCUGCUAUUCACCCUCUGCACGCUCAACGUAGACAGAGCGAAGGUGGUAAAGUUGGCCGAAAAAAAAAUAGACUGCGUCUCUUUUGAGGAGAGCUACCAGAAGGCAGUGAAGAAGAAGAAAGGCACACGUAGGGACGAACUGACUGAGGAGGAAAAAAAAAACGAAAGAAACGACCUCAUCAUACUUAAUUACAUUUAUAAUAAGUACCUCGAGGAGAGUAGCCACUGCUCGGGGAGGAGCGACGUCGACGAGGGGUUCCUCCAAGCGGUGGACAACCUGCACUUCUGCAGGUAUGUCCGAGACGACUUGUUCUUACGGGUUAUUAAAACGAGCAAGGGGGGAGAGAGGAGAACCCCCACCGGCGCCUUCUCCAAGCUGCGGAGCAUUUUGAAUGCCGCCACGGUCAGCAGGGGGGGCGGAAGGGGGAGCGGAAGCGUGAGCGGAAGUGUCCAAGUGGGGAAGGAACUCUCCCCUGCAGAGGGAGAAAAUGAGUCUAACUCGCACCAGCCUGGUGUAGAUGCCAUCAGCGGGUCGAGGGGAGGCCUACAAGAGAGACACCAUAAGGAAGAACACCACCCGGGAGAACACCGCACGGGAGAACACCGCACAGGAGAACACCGCUCGGGAGAACACCACGCGGGUAAUCCGCAGAUCGAUGGGUAUCCCCCAGGGGGGAGCAUCCAGAUGGGGGACAAGCUGGCGGAGCGCCUGAAUGGCGGAGGCGAGAACGCACGUGGGGAGGUGGGCCGAGUAGACCGAGUUGACCGCGUUGACCGAGUGGGCGACACGCCCAGGCAGCUGAGUCAGUUCCAGCAGGAGCUGCAGCACACGUACGACGCAGCCAUUUCGUAUUACCACAAGCGGACCAACCAUCUUGGGAAGGAGACUCUCCUCUGCAACGGUGGGGGUGCAGACGGGGCACUACCAAAUGGGCACCCCCAGCAGAACGAUCCCCCUUUCAACCAAGAAAUGCUUAACCAUAUCGUUACGAAGAGAAAUAUAAAAAGCAUAAUGAACAGACACAAGGAGGAGGGGGGGGGGAUGGUCGAGAAGAUCUUCUCACCACCAUGCGGUGGCACGGCUGCCCAUGUCGGCACCUGCGAGCGGGUGCAGCAGGAGCACAGCUUUAACUUUUACAGGACGUUCAUUCUGCUGCUGCAGGUGUCCGCCCUUUCGCUGCUUUUCCUCGUCGUCCUCUUCGUGUACACCUCGCUCAGGUAG